UUUCAUUUCGAGAAAGGCCGCAGCAUGGACCAGACGCAGGACGACAGCAACACGGUCAGCAGCAACAACCAGCACCACGAGAGCGCCGACGUGGCGCCGGCCAAGUCGACGUACGUGGUCCAGGAAGGCGACACGCUCAUGGGCAUCGCCAUCAAACACGGCCUGCGCGAGUUUGACCUGCGCCAGUCCAACCACCUUCUUGGCGGCCACGCGAUCUACCAAGGCCAAGUGCUCAAGAUCCGCCAGCGCAUUCGCGCGCGCAGCCAGAGCCUUCCGUCGAAAGCGCUCCACGAGUUCUUGCCCAACGAUGCAUCCCGCCGGAGCUCGAGCCAGGCCAUGAUUGCGAUCCCAGAGCACGCGGCGAAACACCCGUCGAGCAACCAGGAAGACCCGACCGACGACGAGAAGCGACCCGUGUCGCCGACGAUCAAGGAGCCCGCGCACGAGCCGGUACCGUGCAAGUGCCAUCUCGUGGAUCCAACCUCGCUCCCCAAGCUGCUCCUCGCGACUCCUCACGACAUCCUGUCGCACCCAAGCUACACAAAGUACCUCGUUCCGAGGCUCGAAGCAUGCCUUCCGGCGCGCCACCGCGGCUACGACUGGAAGAUUGCCUACAGCCUGGCGCAGCAUGGCGCCAGCCUCGGGACGCUUUAUCGCAACGUCCGCGGCAAGCGGCCGACGAUCGUGGUCGUCGAGACCAGCGACGGCGAUGUCUUUGGCGCGUUUGCGUCCAUGCCGUGGAGCCCGUCGACGUCGUACUAUGGCACGGGCGAAUGCUUCCUUUUUACGUGCUACCCGUCCUUUGAGCACUUUGCGUGGAAGGGCACGAACGCCAUGAUCAUGUUCAGCAACGAGUCGAUGAUGGCCAUGGGCGGCGGCGGCGGGUUUGCGUGGGCUGUCAACAGCGACCUCUCGCGGGGCACGAGUGCGCACAGCCUCACCUUUGAGAACCGGUGCUUGGCCCACCGCUCGGACUUUGACAUAGUCAACUUUGAGGUUUGGGAACUCGUGUCCAAGUACACCAACUAGCCAGCGGGGUGCACACUAUUAGUUGUAGUUUAUUAUUUUAAUAUCGAUCCUUCUUCACUG